CAGAAAUGAAUAUGUAAAUAUUUCAGCGCAGUUUAGGUUCCCUUUUGCUCUCGGUGCAAUAGACGCGACGUAUAUAAGAUUAGCUAAUAAUCCCCAAGAAGAAGGUACAAGCUACAUUAAUAGAAAAGGAUUCCCUGGAGUUUCCCUUCAAGUGGUCUGUGACGCUUAUCGACGGAUACUGGACGCCAGCACUGGCUGGCCAUCGUCAAUGCAAGACUCUAGAAUAUUUAGGAAAAGUUUUAUCGGGCGACAUGUUGACAUGCUGCUUGCCGACACAGACUACAUUCUGUUGGCUGAUGGAGGUUACACGUUGCUGCCGCGUGUUAUGAUUCCUUAUCGAUUAGACCAUCCACUGGAACCGUUUGAGGUGGUGUACAACUAUAUGCAGCGACGUAGCCGCCAAGUAGUUGAGCGAUGCUUUGCUCUUCUCAAGUUGAAAUUUAGGAGACUUAAAGUUAUCGAUGUGCACAAUUUAGAGUACCUGUCGGAUAUAAUAAUAGCCUGCUGCUGUUUACACAACUUUGUACUUGAUGAACCAUUUUUCGAGCCAGUAAACAUGACCGAAUUUCUAAGGGACCACCCACUGGAGGAUGAAGAUCUAGAAGAUGAUGAUUAUAUAGGUUUUGAAUUGGAAAAUGAAGCUGAAAUUAGAAGAGAUGAACUUGCAGGUUAUUUUGUGCCUGUCUGA